AUGUCCUUUACAUCCAUCCCCAUCCUCGACCUGGCUCAGGCCUCAGACCCAGCGACGAAACCGCAGUUCCUCGCCGAGCUGCGCCAUGCCCUCAUGGAAGUCGGGUUUUUGUAUCUUAAAAACGUCGGCAUCCCAGAUGAGCUCUUCAAACAAGUCAUCAGCGAGGGCAAAGCCUUUUUUGACAUUCCCGAAGAAGAAAAACUCAAAAUCGAAAUGAAAAACGCCCCCUCCUUCCUGGGCUACUCCCGUCUCUCUGCCGAGAUCACCGCCGGAGGGAUCGACCACCGCGAGCAGAUCGACUUGUCAACUGAGCACACCCUCCCCGGCCCCGACGCCCCCUUAUACGACAACCUCCUCGCGCCUAACCAGUGGCCCUCUUCAUCCAUCUUGCCCAACUUCCGGGAGACAUUCACCGAGUACAUGAACCGCAUGGGGGAGAUAUCCAUUUCCUUCACCUCCCUCAUCGCCGAGGCCAUCGACCUCCCUCCCGACGCAUUCAACAAGUACUUUGACGGCCCUGGCUUCGGCGGGAGACAAAACCAAACGCAGCAGCACAAGCUCAAGAUUGUGAAGUACCCCGACGUGGGCACGUUGGGGAGCGGGAAGGGAAAUCAAGGGGUUGGGCCGCACAAGGAUAGUAUGCUGACUAGUUACUUGCUGCAGGCUAGUCAGCACAGGGGAUUGCAGGUGCAGAAUAUGAGGGGGGAGUGGAUUGAUUGCCCUCCUAUUGACGGGACGCUUGUCGUGGCGAUAGGGCAGGGGCUGGAGGCGCUCACUCAGGGGGUUUGUGUGAGUACUACGCACAGGGUCUUGUCUCCGGAGGCGGGCAAAGGGGCGAGGUAUAGCAUUCCUUUCUUUCAGGGCGUGAGCGGGGACGCAGAAUUUGAGGAUUUGGAGAAUGUGGGGGUGGGACAGGUGAAGGAGGAGAUCAAGGAACUGAGGAGGAGGGUGCUGGAGAAGAAUGGGGGAAGGCUGGAUGAUGUUGAGUUUACGUUUAGGAAGGGAGGCGUGGCCAAGACGUUGGGAGAGGCGACGUUGAGGAACCGGGUCAAGAGCCAUCAGGAUGUGGGUGAGAUUUGGUAUCCGGACAUUUUGGAGAGCGUGAGGGCUGAGCAGGCUGCGUUGGCGAGGAAGAAGAGUCCCGUCGUGGAGGCGGUGCCCAUUGUAGGCGAGGGGAAGGCUGUGGAGGCUCAUUAAAGGACUGGUGCCUUUAGUUUGGAGUUUUGGGUUCAAGGGAGUACAGCAUAGCCUUGGUUUUCAUCAUGGAAGUUUUUUCACAGCAGUCUCAUACCAAUACGUGAUCCAUAUCAUGCCUGUUUCUUCUGGACGAGCUAGUGCCUAUGGCCAGAAAACUUCCAGUCAGUCAUGCCCAUCCAGAACCAGGAGGAUGCCCGUCAAAAAAUCCAAACCAUAUCCCGAAUAUCAACCUCAUUACGCCAGUUCGCUGAUGCCAUCACGCCUGCUGCGUCGCCCAUCAUGCCCAUACCCUACGCCUAGCUUUGUCCCUUGCCUGUCUGUUUGCCUAGCGCCGCCCGCUUCGCCAUUUUUUUUGUUUGUUUUUAUGCAAUGUUGGUCAUUGAUCGUUCAGAUAGUAGACAUUUCCUACUCCUUGUACUCGGGGAAGCACUGCUCAAACGUGUGUUUCCCGGCGUGCUUGCCGCUGCUGGAGUGCUGCUCGAGCUGGGGCUUGCGGGAGGUCGAGAGGAAGGUCUGCUUGCAGAUGUUGCAAAUGAUGUUCAUGGCCUUCUCG